GCCCUCUGGUUUCUCCCCUGCUGUCUCCACUUCACUGCAGCUGCUUGCUUCACCCCUACACAAAACCCAGAGCUCGUUCCUUAUUCUCGUGCCUUUCUCUCCAGGUUCAUUGUCAUCAGCCAUACCAGGCAGGGGAGGGAUGGACCGGGGGGAGGAGGCAUUCAACUCAGUGCCUCCUCUCAUAACCUGUGCGUGACCAAUCUGCCUCCCAAGGGGCAGCAAAGGAGUUCACCCUGCUCCAGCACCUCCUCACCCCUCUUCGAGCCCCUCGGCUGCCAGCAUCCGGAGAGAUGGCGGCAAGCGGAGGAAGAGAGAGAGAGGGACUGACAGUGGCUGCCUUUUCUCCAGGAUGGGUUAAGUGAAAUGAAAACCUCCUGAGCUCCUUCCUCUAUGUGUUUCGGAGCAGAUCUUGCCUGCCUGGCAGGGUGACUCCUCUGCGCUGUCUGUGCGCACUACUCUGUGUGUGUGCUGCUGCUCUCGCAGAUGUACCCCCAGCUGUCACUUUGCCGCACGCAGUUGCUCCCUCUCCCGCCUCUCUCUUUUCCUCUCCCUCUAUUUAUUAUUCACGGAGGAUUACAGUCCCUUUCCCACGCUGCCAUCUCGCCGUGCGGCUCCUCUGCCCCCUGUGCAGGGUGAGUGGCUGGCAAAGAGGGGCUCCUGCCAAUUAGGGUCCACUGAGAGCCCAGCCAGCAACAGAGGGACUUUCUACUGGAUUUGCUCUGGGAUUGUACCAGGAUCGCUGGAAGACCUGCCAUUCUCACAGCUGCCAUUCUACUUUCAGCUCAAGAGGGAGUUAAAUAGAGCACACGGAAAGCCUGCUGCCGGGGAGUGAAAGUCAAGGAGGGAGAAGGAAGGAAGAUACUGUAAUUGGGCAGUACCCAGGGAGUCAGGUGCGAGUGGCUGUGGGCAGAACCCCUCCAGGACUUGGCAGGCAAGCUACAAGGUCAUUCCUCCUCCCUUUUGGGCCGUGUGCCAGGCUGGCUGGUGGAUGUGAAGACACGCUGGAGAAGACAACAAUGCUGCCUACAACUGCUGGCCACAGGUGGAGGAGCCGGUUCCUCAUGAGGUGGCAAGAGGCUUGUUUGCUUGGCUGUUGGCUGUCGCUAUGUGCUGCUGACUCCUUCUUUGCUUGCCCUUCCUCCUGCAAGUGUAAUAGUGGCAACCUGGAAGUGGACUGUAGCGGCUUGGGCCUCUCUUCCAUCCCCUCAGACAUCCCCACAAACACCAGGACCUUCCUCUUUCUCAACAACAAACUCAGCAUCCUGCCAGGAGCAGUGUUUUCCAACCUCUCUGCUCUACAGAGGCUGGAUCUAUCCAACAACUUCUUGGACCAGCUCCCUCAGAACAUCUUCAGUGACCUGGGGAACCUGACAGAGCUCCAGCUGAGAAACAACAGCAUCCGGGCCUUGGACAAGGACCUGCUACAACACACGGCCCUGCUGCGCCAGCUGGAUCUCUCCAUCAAUGGCCUGGCCCAGAUACCUUCAGGCAUCUUUGAUGACCUACCUGCUCUCCGCUCCCUCUCUCUCAGGUCCAACCGCCUGCAAAGCCUGGACAGGGUGACCUUUGAACCGCUAACCAGCCUGCAGCAACUCCAAGUUGGGGAUAACCCCUGGGAAUGUGACUGUAACCUCCGAGACUUCAAGCACUGGAUGGAGUGGUUCUCCUACCGAGGUGGGAAAAUCGACCAGCUGGCAUGUACCCUGCCCAAGGAGCUGAAAGGAAAGGAUAUGAGAAUGGUGCCCAUGGAGAUGUUCAACUACUGCUCCCAGCUGGAUGAUGAGAACAGCUCUACAGUGCUGGACAAUACUGGCCCACCCUGCACUAAAGGAAGCCCAACUCCUACCAAAUCUAAAGCAGGUCCUGAAGCAGAAGUGGAGCCCAGCGUGGGAUGCCCUCAGAAACAGCGAUAUAGGCCUGUGAGCGUGCGCCGGGCUAUUGGCACUGUGAUCAUCGCAGGGGUCGUUUGCGGGAUUGUUUGCAUCAUGAUGGUGGUGGCAGCUGCUUACGGUUGCAUCUAUGCCUCCCUUAUGGCCAAGUACCACCGGGAGCUGAAGAAGAGGCAGCCCCUCAUGGGUGAUACAGAAGGUGAACAUGAAGAGCAAAAACAAAUCUCUUCUGUGGCAUGAAACUUUUCUAGGAAGGAAGAGACAGCAAUGAACAAAGGUAUCUGAGAGCAGUCAAGUAUGGGGUUCUCCCAAAAUACAUCUUCCCAGACAGAUAGUCAGACUGUGCUCUACUCACCCAAGUGGUGCAACAUGCCUCUGGGGGGUCAGGGCACAUGGCUCAAUUUCUGUUCCUCUGCCCCAGGCCCAUUUUGCACCCUUUUACCCUUGGGCCCUACCAGACAAAUAAAGUAGAGUCAGACCUCAAGUGCUUGUUGUGCCUCAUGCCCUUGCACAGAGCUUCCCUUGCAUGCCUGCUGUGGAGGCAGCUGGCACCUUAUGGGAACCUGUGUCGUUCUCUCAGCUUCAGUCCUGAGUUGUCCUGUCAAGAGCUCUUUGCAAACAGAGAGCAGCUCUAUGAAAGCUUGUGUAAGGAGCAGGACACCAGCAGUGUCCCUGCUUUGCUGUUAGGGUCCUGCUGUUGUGUGACAGUAUGUUGCUGCCCACUCUGUGAGUCAGUGCUGCUGAGAGCACAUUGGAAAGGAGGGAAGGCCUCUAGGGGAUGACAACAGUCAGGAGGAGAUUGCCCUUCUCACUUUUAGAGGUGGAAAAAUACCUAUAUCACUCUAACAUGCUGCCAGGGAGCACAGUGUCCCUUUUUCUGCUACUGGCCAAUUCCAAAUCUGCGAAUGGACACACACAUGUCAUCUGCUAUAGGUGCACAGAUACAGACUCAUUCUCACGCACACAACCCCUCUCCCGACUCAUUCUGAUCCCAACACACACACAGUCAGUCCAAGCUCCAGACACUCAGACACCCCGACCUGCGCAUGGGGAGUCACAUGUACCCAUGCUGAUCUGCCCUUUGUGUGCAGCCGAGAAUACAUUCAGCCACUAUACCUUACUUUCAUCAUAAUAGUGCAUAGCACCUUCUGCUUUGGACAAAAUACAUGCCCCCUGCCAUGAAGGAGGAAAAAACCCCAUCUCAGCCAUAGUGCAGAGCCAGGGAAAAUGGGCAGAGAGGAUGGAUAGAGACAAAGUUAUUAAUGUUACAGCACAAGUCUAUGGAAAUAAGUAUGCAGAAUGAAAAAAAAAAUGUGUUCUUGUUAUCUACUUCAUGUUUUCUAUGAUAAAUUGAGAGGGUAAGGACAUGAAGUCUCCAUUUGGAAAUGUUUGAUUGGCAGGGCAGAAGUGGGUCAUCAGGAAAGGCUAGAGGAGAUGACGGCUUACCUACCUUGGUAGUGUAAACCAUGGUGAGGAGUAGUGUCAGCCUAAGGUAAGGUGGUGGGAGAAGAAGACACACAAUCCAAGAGCUGGCAUGAAAGCGCAAGCACAGGGUGCGGAGUAUGGUUAUGCAGCUGGUGUGACUGAAGAGAGGGGGCACAAUCCUGCAUGGUCUUCUGAAGGUGAAGGGUGAAACCUGGAUGACAGCGCGGCACAGGUGGGAGAGCACAGCAUAGCCCACAUAUGCUCCUCUCACCAUCGGUGUUGUGUUCACUGCCAUCCACAGCUGCACAUGAGUGUGCCCACACACACAAUUGUGCACACUGCCACUGUCACGUAGGGUGACUUCCCUGAACCAGACUUAAAGCCCUCAGACUGCAGUGCCUCCUAUUAGUCUUAGCUCUUUCUGACCUGAUGGGGAAAAAAAAAGUGAGGGGGGGAAAAAAUGAAAGGAACUCAACAUAAGGACUCAUUUUGUAUCACUGGAAGUGCGAUAAAAUGCUGUCUCCAGGGGAGAGCACACAUUGCCAUGGUAACCUGCUCUAACCCGUCACAGUGGGUAUUCCUGGGCGAGGAAGAUGACACCGGAGGUCGUGCAUCCACAGUGCCUGUGGAUGGUGUGAUCCCUGCCAUCAGGAAGCAAGCUGGCAGCCAGCCCAGCUUUGCAGGGUGUUUCACUAGCAACCUGCGUUCAGAGCCCAGCACGCACUGCAGGUGGACCCUGCCAGGGCAUGUCACCUCUUUCCCCGGCUCCAGCUGGAUCCCAUGCCUUUGGACAACUCACAGCCCUCCUGCUUGCUGCUGCUGGAUCCCUGUGGAAGCAAUGCACGCUGGCUCCUCACCUGCUUCUGGUUUCAUGCAGGUGGUUGUAAUAUACCAUGGGCACACAAUUCCAAGUCUUUAAUCAAAGCCUGCAGUGGCAAAAUCUCUCCUGGCCUACCCAAGGCCACCAGACGGAAAGAGACGGAAUGCUCUGGACUGUUUUAGCUUGACUUCUCUUUGACAUAGGGAUGCGUGGGACAGGAGAGGAUGUUCUUCGGGAAGCAGAAGACCAGGCUGCCCUGGAAGAAGAACUGGGAGAAGCAGUCCAUCCAAAAGUGUGUGUGCACAUUGUACUCCUAUUCCCAGCACACUGCUUGUGGGGAAGAGGAAGAGGAGGAGGCAGGCUGGCAAGAUGUGAGGAGGAAGGACUCUUCCCCCAUGCACUGUAUAGCCACUCCAACCAUCCCAUCUGCUGCAAUCGUAGCCUUCUCUAAAGGGCGGAACUGGUGCACUGCAGACUCUGUAUGUGUGUUACUGCUGCUCCACAUUCCCAGCAAGCCAGGAUUAGACUGUCUGCUGGAUCCAAACCUCUCCCCAACCUCCCUCUCAGGGGAACUUCUCCCUUUACCAUACUGGACUCCAUAAUCAUACUUGAAAUGGGACUUGAGUCAGAGCGGUAUAUUUAUAGAUCUAUAUUUUACUUGCAUCAGAGAAUGGUGAAACAUUGCACAAAACAAAAGGGAUCUAUAUAUGUGUGUGUAUGUGUGUGCAUGUGUGUGUAUGAGUGAAUAAGAGUGAGUGAGAGACUGUUUUUAAUGGGAUAGACUAGAGAUAAAAUGAAUGGGAGGGAGGCAGGGGAGAACACAGGGAUUGGAAGGGAAAUCCUCCUUUCCCUGCAAUUUCCCUGUGACCUCCUCCUGCCCUGAUAAAUUUUAAUUUGUUGCUAAUAUUUUCUAUAUCUCGUGUUGUGAGGCUGAUUAUGUCCUUGCCCAUCCUUUCCCUAUGGUUUUCAUUUAUAAGGCAGAAAGUCUGGAUUCAUCUCAACCCUGGACAAGGGACUUCUAUGUUUAGAAACCCACCUAGGAAAGGAGAAGAUGGGAAAGGGGAGAAAAGUGAGUUGCUGAGAAAAAUGAAGGCUGGCUGCUACGGGGAGUCCCAUUGGAAAGCAAAUACUGUGCUUGGAGGGACAAGGACCUAAGCUCUUUCAUACAGAGCAUAGUAACAGGGUUCACUGGGAAAUGUCCUCUUUAUAACACUGCUUGCAAACGAGCUCUUACUCUGUUCGCCAGCAUGCCUGGAAUGCAGGCUGCCCUGGUGUGACUGAGCUGCUGCACCAUCCACAGGCCCUCUAGGGAGUAUGGUACCCACCAUGGUCAGAAAUGAAGCUCUCCUGUGGGAUGCUGGAUGCAGAAUGAGACCCAGUGUUCCUUGUGUGCCCAGGCAAUAGGUUCCAGUGCUGUGUGGGGACAGGGGCUCCCAUUCCUCCUGCCAGCAUGGCUAGGUAUGGAGGGAACCCCUUUGAAUUUGUCCUUGCUGCAGGCAAGUGUACCAACACCACAUGCAGGUGCCUGCCUUCAGGAAAUGGUUGUCUGAGGCAGGCAGGUCCAACAUUCACCAGGGCGACGUAGGGGCUGGCAGGGCCACCAGAAACCCCCCUUUCUGCUCCCACAGCUCCCAUUCCACACCCACCCACCUGUGGUAGAGGCAGGCACAUCUCUUGCAGGGAACAGAUGGUACUUGUAAUUUCUUUUUCUUUUUGUUACUGUUUGAGGGAGAGCAACAAGAUUUUCUAAAAUGAUUGAAUGGAGGUUUCUUUGGCAUGAGACAGAAAUUUUUAAAGGUAUAUUAUAUUUCUGGCUUGUUGUUACAGAAGAAUAAUAAAGAAUGUAUUUUCCUAUGCUCCUUCUUGUUUAAAUGAGAAGUCUGAUAGCAACCUUCCCUCUCCCCUCUACCCCCUGCAAAAGCAAACACUGCAGGGAUACAGCUGGCCAAAUGAAAAAGCCCCUGAAUUUCAAAAUAUGCGUAUGCUUCUCUGUAUACAGUGUUUGAACUUGGAAUGAACAAGCACACAUAUACACACACAUACACUGUAUCAGUGUAAGUUCUAGGCAAGCAUGUACCUGUAGUCAGGGUGAGGCUGUAGGGCUAAAUACACCGACAGUCAAGGUGAGACCCUAGAUUUAGAAACACACACACACACACACACAGUGCUCCAGGGACAGAGACAGACAAGGGCGAUUGUGUAACAAGGAUAAGAUACUGUGGCAAUCAGCUCAUUACAUAAAAGUAGAAAGGGCCAAAUUAAUCCCUAGUGUAAGAACACAGAAGCCAAUGGAGUUAUA